AUGUAUGAGAUGAUGUGUGGCCGAUUGCCAUUUUAUUCUCGUGAUCAUCAGAAGUUAUUUGAAUUGAUAAUGGCGUCUGAGUUACGGUUCCCUAGCAAGCUUAGUGCAGAAGCAAAACAACUAUUAGCUGGACUGCUUUUCAAAGAUCCUACGCAACGCUUGGGUGGUGGACCAGACGACGCGUUAGAAGUUUGCCAGCAACCGUUUUUCAAAUCUAUUGAUUGGGAAAAAUUGUAUAGAAAGGAGAUUGAGCCCCCUUAUAAGCCAUCAGUCCAAAGCGAGACGGAUACAAGCUAUUUCGAUAAGGAGUUCACCUCGGCUCCAGUCCAGCUGACUCCCCCGCCUGCUCGAUCCGGACCUUUAGCUACUGUGGAUGAGCUGGAUGAAAUGCAGUCCAAUUUCACACAGUUCUCAUUCCACAACACC